AUGAUUUUGCGUAAUAUACUCAAGCAUACUCAGAAAAGUUUCUAAAAUUAAAAGCUUUUCUAUUAUCCAGUACACUAAGCAUUUUCUUCUCUUGCUGCUAUUUAAAAGGAUUUGAAUUUUAAAAAUCCUUUCAAAAUCAUUAUGUCACGCAAAAACGAAGAUUUGUUUGAAAUUGAAGUACUUUUUGCAAACUAACAAUAAGAAUAAGUCACUGUUUUGCAAACAGACUCUGAAGGAAAUAUUGGAGAUCUUUUAGAAGGCAUUAGAGAACAAUAUAAAAUCAAAGGAGACUUGCGUGCAUACACUCUAGAUAAAAAGGAAUUAUCAGAAACGGUUAUGCUCGAUGAUUUAGAAGGAUCUAAUUUUUACAUUUGCGACUUAACAAAUAAGCACCUAUUUUUGGUCCAUAACUAAGACGUCGAAAUAAAGAACGAAUAUUAAAAGAUUGAUAAAUAUUGCAAGGAUAUAAAUCUUAGCUACAUUUAAAAGCAAACCAUAAUCAAUUAUCUAAACAGAGUAGAUACAAUUGUCCGUAUGAAAACAGGAUAAGAAAUAUUUUCAGAUGAAUCCUAACAACCAGACAAAAGACUUCUCAUCAACAAAAGUGAUUUGGUUAAAAGCAUGAUAGAAGCUCUUCCAACAAACAAAAAUUAACACACAGAAUAUGAAGCAUCCUUGAUGCUGCGUUACCAAGAACUUCAAAAAGUUCUCUCUCAAAUGUCUUAGCAAAAAGCCUUUAUCGAUAACAUAGCUCACAAGUAAGUAAAGAGAAAAAUGAGUCUUGGACUUUUUGCUUUAGUAGGUUAAUUUUGCUUCGUUGGUUUUGGUACUUACCAUGUUUGGAGUUGGGAUAUUGUAGAACCUAUGGCAUACUUCUUAACUUCUGCUGGUGUUAUAUAUUUAAACACUCACUUUUUUAAGUACUUUUAGGAUUAUUCAAAUGAAGGUUUCUAUGAUUACCUUAAGGAUAAAUAAUUAGAGAAGCUUUAUCUUAAAUAUGAAUUUAAUUUAGACCAAUACAAUUUGAUUUAAUAAGAAAUUAACUCUUUAGAGAGAAAACUAAAAUCAUUGUUGUUAUCAAACUUUUGA